GCGUAGCGCACGCGCACCCCACUCACGCAGGCACGCACGCAAAACAUACAGCAGGCGCCCCCGCGCACAAGAAACAAACAAACAAACCAACGGCGCCUCCUCUUCUCCGGGCGAGGCGGGGCAGAGGCAGGCGAAAGCGGAGGACCGGGAGCUGAAGCGGUUACCCACCCUCUCCCUCUCCCCUCCGACUCCGCCGCGUCGACUGGCAUCAAACAAAAAAAAGCGAUCGAUGGGUGGUUUCGUCGAUCCUUUCAUCCCGGCGCCAGCUUGGCCUCAGGACCUCGUGUUCACCGGCUCAUCUUGGUCAGGCAGCGCUUCUGCCCCACUUGCAGAUUCUGCAGGGACGUACAUGGGAGCGGCACCAGAUCAAGACACAGAGUUCCACCUCCAGAAUGGUUCCUCUCCGGUGCUCUUGAACAGCAUCGCAAAAGAGAUGGUGUCGCCGGUGGGGCUGCACGAUCAGUUCUUGCAAGCGCAGCUGCAGGACGACGUGACGCAGGGCCUGAACUUCGAAAUGGACGGCGCUCUGAUGGCCAGCAUGCUGGGCUCGGUCCUGAGCACGCCCUGUGCCAUAUCGCUUGCCGACAGUGCCCCGGUGGUGUGCAGCUCCAACGACAGCAGUGGGAGCGAGCAGUCUGGCCUGGCUCAGUUCAUCCUGGGAGAACAGCCUGUGCCAGUGUCGGCUGCAUGGCCGUCAACAUUCACGCAGAUUUCUUCGUUGGUUGGGGAAGAAACAUCAGAGGGUUUCGGCUUCGGUGCGCUUAGCAACGGUGAUCUUCUGCGUGAGGCCUGCGCUGCAGAUGUGAAGAAGUAUCCGCAGUUAGGCAAUGUGCCAUCUGUACCACUGCAGCUACAUAAUGAUGCUGAGUUCAACACUGGAAAGAUGCUCUCUUUUGCUCCUGGUCCUAGGCAGCAAAAUACAAACUUUGAGGACCUGCAGAUCAGUCAAAAGGAAUUCAGCAGUCUGCAUCACCUGAACCUCUCCUCGCUGGUUUCUGGGCAGCUUUCAUCGUUUAAUACUACAGGAGUGGCGCAUAAUCCCAAACAGUCCAAUGAAGCCAGCAGCGGCAAGAAUGGGCUGAACGCGGCACCCCUCAUGGCUCGUUCAGAAGUGCCAAAUGGCAGUGGGAUUGCUGGGAAUAAUGGAGCUCCGAAGCCGCGCGUCAGAGCUCGCCGAGGCCAGGCCACUGAUCCACAUAGCAUUGCAGAGAGGCUCCGAAGGGAGAAGAUCUCUGACAGGAUGAAAAAUUUACAGGAGCUCGUUCCAAACUCCAACAGGACUGACAAGGCAUCCAUGCUCGAUGAAAUUAUCGACUAUGUCAAAUUUCUCCAGUUGCAAGUCAAGGUUCUUAGCAUGAGCAGGUUGGGCGCGACGGAAGCCGUCGUCCCGCUCCUGACAGAGUCUCAGACUGAGAGCUCCUCCGGGGGUCUCCUGUCCCCGAGAUCGGGCAGGCAGCAGGCGGGCGGCGGGGGCAGCCUGCUCGGGCAGCCCGAGCAGGAGGUGGUGCAGCUGAUGGAGAACAACAUGACGACGGCGAUGCAGUACCUGCAGAGCAAGGGCCUGUGCCUCAUGCCCAUCGCGCUGGCGUCGGCGAUCUCGGACCAGAAGGGGACGUCCUCGGCGGCGGUCCGGCCGGCGGGCAGCACCGCCGCGGAAGAGGGCGGCGCCGGCGGGGAGGAGCACGGCGCGACUGAGAUGCUGCGCGGGCUGAACGCGUUCGUCAGUGCGAGGGAGAUGAGGUCCAGAGCCUAGGGCGGCUGCAGCCCUCCGAGGAGCAGCGAAGCCAUCCGGAGCUUCUGAGGCCUGUCAUCAGUCUGUCUGUCCCGUGUUCUACUGGUUCUUUUUGCGACUUGUAGCCUGGAGCGUGAACCUUGCUUACAUGUGCUGUCUCCUUUUUUUUCGUCAUCACAAGAACGUAUGAUUAAUUAUCCUCCCAAAUUCGAAUUAUCUUUAGCGGUCGGCG